UUUUCUAGAUAUCUAGUUCUUGACCACAAACCACAGAUAGACAAAGAGUACCUGUCAGAGGCAGUCAAAAAUAAAAUAGAAAACACAGAAGCUAAUGUUGUACCAGACAACUCUCAAAAUACCUCCAAUGACGGACAGGAACCGCCUGCCAAGAAAAUUCGGUUGAAAGGUAGAAACAAACAUAGACCAAUUGAGAAACGACCUGAUGAUGCUGAUAAACUAUGUCCAGCCAUACGACAAGAAAGAGAGUGCUCAUUCGCAGGAAAAUGUAAAUUCUCUCAUGAUCUCAAAGCAUUCUUUGAGUCCAAGCCUGCAGAUCUUGGAUCUUCUUGUUACCUGUAUGAAACAUUUGGAAAAUGUCCUUAUGGCUUGACAUGUCGUUAUGGUGCUAAACAUAUAGAUCAAAAUUAUAAAAGCAUUGUUAAUAAAGAACUUUGGGAAAAGAAUUCUCAUCAGUUAGAAAAUUUAAAUUAUUUAUCGAAGGAUGUUCAAAAACUGUUAUGGAAAAAGAAAUAUGAUUUUAACAAAGCGAACACCAUCCACAAGCAAGUUGUAGAUAUUUUGGAGAAAAGGAAAAAGGUGAAAGAAAGUAAGAGGAAUUCAAAUUCUAGUAAAAAUUCUGAAGACUCUAAAGAAGAUGAGACUUCAUCAGAUAUAGUGACAGAUGAAGCUGUUCCAACUCUUGGAUGUGUUUCUGAUGAAGAUUUCAUCAAACUUAGACCAAAAGAAGUGAAACUGAUAGAUUUUUCUAAUAAAUUGUAUUUGGCACCACUGACAACAGUGGGUAAUUUACCAUUCAGAAGAAUCUGUAAAGAAUAUGGAGUUGAUAUUACUUGUGGAGAAAUGGCAUUAUCUACCAAUCUGUUACAAGGACAACAAUCUGAGUGGGCCUUAUUACGUCGUCAUCCAUCUGAGGAUAUAUUUGGAGUACAGAUAUGUGGGGGAUUUCCUGAUACUAUGACAAGAUGUGCUCAGUUAUUACAAGAACAGACAACUGUAGAUUUUAUAGAUAUUAACUGUGGUUGUCCUAUUGAUAUGAUCUAUAAAAAGGGUGAAGGAUGUGCACUGAUGUCUAGAAAUUAUAAGUUUGAACAGAUUAUUAGAAGUAUGGUGUCAGUAUUAAAUAUACCAUUAACUGUUAAAAUGAGAACUGGUGUUUGGUCCUACAAAAAUAUAGCUCAUGAGCUAACACCCAAAUUACGAGAUUGGGGUGUUUCCAUGGUUACGUUACAUGGUAGAUCUAGAGAACAGCGCUACACACGCCUGGCAGCAUGGGAUUAUAUAGAAACAUGUUGUAAUGGAGCUAAACCAAUGCCCUUCUUUGGAAAUGGAGAUGUGUUAUCAUAUGAAGAUUAUAAUAACUAUAAGAAACGAUCAGGAGUAGAUGGUAUCAUGAUAGCUAGGGGGGCUUUAAUAAAACCCUGGAUAUUUAAAGAAAUCAAAGAUGAACAGCACUGGGAUAUCUCAGCUUCUGAAAGAUUGGAAAUGUUACAGAGAUUCUGUAACUAUGGUUUAAGUCAUUGGGGUUCUGAUCAACAAGGUGUGGAUACUGUUAGAAGAUUUCUUUUAGAAUGGUUAUCAUUCUUACAUAGAUACAUACCAGUUGGAAUAUUAGAACACCCACCACAGAAGAUCAAUGAAAGACCACCAUAUUAUAAAGGUAGAAAUGAACUGGAGACAUUAUUAUCAAGUGCUAACUGUGGGGACUGGGUCAAAAUAAGUGAGAUGUUAUUAGGUCCUGUAAAACCAGAUUUUAAAUUUCUACCAAAACAUAAAGCUAAUGCAUACCAGUAA